GUUCGGAACGCAUCACUUCCGAUGGCGAUCGGGAGCCACCGUCGCCGUUGUUUACUAACAAGUAUGUUCAAAGAUGCCGCCAAGAGCACGUAUCUUAGGCGAAUUCAAAAGAAGAGGCUCUUCUGAAUGGGCUUUACCGCGGUAUUCCAGCUUGGCGACCCUCAAGGUGUAGCAUGAUGGAAGAGCACACAGUCGUCCCUGGACAGGACUACUGCUUCCUGCAGAAUGUCCUAGUGGACGGAGGCAGCCAGUUUGGAGUAUCUGCUCUGGCUUUCGAUUCUCACGAAGAGCUGCUCUGGAUGGGCAAUCAAGGGGGCCACGUGACAUCCUACUACACCUCGGAGUUGCAGAAAUACACGUCUUUCCAAAUCCACGCAACAGAGGAGGUGCGUCAGGUGUGUACGGUGGAAGCCGGUCUACUGUCCCUCACCAGUCAUGCCCUACGGCUCAGCAAUCGAAGAGGACUCACUGUCUUCCACCACACGUCGGAAGAGUUUGCAGACAUGCACUGCAUGGCAGCGCUCUCUGGUGACCGCCUGCUGGCUGGCGGAAACCAAGAAUCUUUGGUAGAGCUCGACCUUACUCGAGGAAGCAUAGUGUCAAGUGCUCCUUGCCCAGGCGGCUGCGCUGUCAUCAGACGACAUCCACGGUUCAUCUGCUGCGCAGAUUUUACGGGCAAGGUGUCUCUGCGUGACCCCGUGACUAUGAAGGAGGAAAAUUCCCUAGAGUCCCUCUCCGGAACCGGUCUUCUGUCGGACUUCGACGUCCAGGGAAAUAUGGUGGUCACUUGCGGAUUCACUAACAGGCACGGAGCACUGGCGGUGGAUAUGUUCAUCAAGGUGUACGACCUCCGGGUGAUGCGAGCUGUUACACCCAUUCAGAUGAUGUUCCCACCAUCGCUGCUCCGAUUUGUGCCAGCUUUCACAUCGCGCCUCUUUGUCGUUUCUCAGACCGGCCAGUUUCAAUUGGUGGACACCAGCAGUGCCAGCCAAUCGUCCUACAUCUACCAGAUGGAAACAGCAGGCACCAGGGUUCUCUGCUUUGACACCUCUUCGUCUUGCCAGUGCCUUGCUUUUGGAGAUGCUACGGGGUACCUUCACCUCUACGGUGCCAGUUCGCACGUCAGUUUCAACAACUUCAGCAAUCCGACGGAGUUUGCAGAUCCAGAGGAGCCUUUCCACCCGAUCGACAUAAACGACGAGAUAGCGGCGUUGGCAUCUAUACCCAUGCCUUACUGCAGUUCCAGGCUGGUGUCAGACCUUCCCAAGAAGUUGACAAAAUAUGUCUACAGGAAGCCAGUGCCAGUGGACCCAGUCAUCCUGAGCAGCAUGAAAAUGGUGGGCUCUGUUGGCUAUGCACCCAAUCCGGGACUGUGGAGGCGCAACGAGGUGCGGUACCCUCGGGAAACGUCCAGUUCCAAAGAAACGAGAGAAGAUGCGGACAUAAUCCCGCAGCUGUACAAAAAGAUUGAUGUCAAGUACUCGAGAAUGGGAAUUGAGGACUUUGACUUCAACCUGUAUAACAGGACAUGCUUUGCCGGCUUAGAAACAAACCUUCCCAAUGCCUAUUGCAACAAUAUGAUUCAGGUGCUGUACUUUAUCGCGCCCCUGAGAUGUGCCGUCAUGAAUCACACCUGCCAGCGGGAAUUUUGUCUAGCUUGCGAACUGGGAUUUCUGUUCCACAUGCUGGACACAGCUCAGGGUAUUCCCUGCCAGGCCAGCAACUUCCUGCGCGCAUUCCGCACUAUUCCGGAGGCCUCUGCCCUGGGACUGAUACUGUCCGAUUCGGACGAUGCCCGCAAGAAGGUCAACUUCCCACGUCUUGUGCAGAGCUGGACGCGCUUUGUUUUACAGCAGAUUCAUUCCGAAACUUUGGGCGUUGUUGACGAAGAGGCCCAGAAAACAGAGAAGACCACGGAGAUGGAGUCACCUGUAAGCAAACUCUUUGGCUGGACACUCAUCAACUCCAACCAGUGCCGCUGUGGGAGUGUACGUCAAAAAGAAUCGACCACUCUCCUUUGCUCUCUCGUUUACCCACCAGUUCCUGAAAAGGGGAUUUCCCAGUACCCAUUCACAGCCAUUUUGGAAAGGAGCCUCUGUCUGGAAAGCAGCAUGCCCACAUGGUGCGAAAAGUGUGAAAAAUACCAACCCACGUUGCAGAGCAAGCGGCUCAAGUCCCUUCCCGACAUUCUGACCAUCAGCUCGGGCUUAGAGAAUCAGCAAGAUCUCAGUUUCUGGCAGGCACAGGUUGAACUCUUCGGCAGCAAGGAGCAGAAGGGGAACUUCCGGAAUGCACCAGUCGCGAAACGCUGUCGCUACGGCAACUGCUGCUCCCGACCUGGCUGUAAGUUCUUCCAUGACAGAGAUAAGACGAAAAGGUACACACAGAUAGAUGCAUCGCUCCAUACGACUGCAUCCUCCUGGCUGCCGCUUUCAAUUCGCAUCAAACUCGACGAAGACGGCGUAGUCUCCAUCGCACGUGCUGACUGCAAGGACAACGAAGACGACAAAGAAGAAGCAGACGACUCUCUGUAUGAGCUCGUGGCUGUAGUGUCUGUAGUGAACAACACCCGAAGCAAUAUCGUCAGCUGUGUAAGGGUGGGGCCAUCGUACCACCUACGACACCAAGGUGGAGCAGCCGUUCACUGGUACCUCUUCAACGACUUCACCAUCCUGCCUAUCACGCCAGAAGAAGCUGUGUGGCUCCCUCUGGACUGGAAGUUGCCCUGCGUGUUGUACUACAGUUUGGCAAAACUAAAUGCUAAGCACAAUUCCUCAGUGAAGGUUCCCUUGACUGCUGAUGUCUUCCUCCAAGACGUAUCCCUAGUGUCCCGUAGUGGCCCCUCCCACGUCACCUUCACACCCCUCACCCCGGAUGAGAUGCUUGGCCAGGGGGACAUUGUGGCUAUGGAUGCCGAAUUUGUUACUUUGAACCAAGAAGAAGCAGAAAUAAGAAGCGACGGCACACGUUCCACCAUACGUCCAUCGCACAUGUCUGUGGCUCGUAUUUCCUGUUUGAGAGGGCAGGGCAUGCUGGAAGGUGUGCCAUUUAUCGAUGACUAUAUUUCCACGCAAGAACAGGUGGUGGACUACCUGACCCAGUUCUCUGGCAUUCAGCCAGGUGACUUGGACGUCACCAUCUCCUCCAAGCACCUGACGACGCUCAAGAGUACUUACCAGAAGCUACGCUACCUGGUGGAUGAGGGAGUCAUAUUUGUGGGCCACGGCCUCAAGAAUGAUUUCCGUGUCAUCAACUUGGUGGUGCCUCCUGAGCAGGUGAUUGACACGGUACUACUUUUCCAACUGCCAAACAAGCGGAUGGUGUCCUUACGCUUCCUCGCCUGGCACUUUCUAGGCCUCAAAAUUCAGUCUAAGAUGCACGACUCGAUUGAAGAUGCCAAGACAGCUUUGCGACUCUAUCGCAAAUACCAGCAGCUGGACCAAGAAGGUCGUGUGACGGAGGCGCUUAAAGAGAUGUACGAGGCUGGACGGAGUCUGUCCUGGAAGGUGCCAGGAACGGAGGAAGAUUGAUUUAUUGAUUGAAGGGAGGAUGUUUGUGCAGAAAUAUAAAGUGCGACAUAGUGCAAGGACUCUUCACGCCGCAUGCCGACUUGCAGAGGACGCUAACAACAAACGUACCUGCUACAUUUUCCCCGUGUUCGUAUCAUCGCAGCUAGGUGGCUCAGUGUAGCCAGCUGCAAAAUCUAUUACCUUCCGUUUCAUUGUUACGUCGGCGUCAUCUACGGGUCGUGGCACGAGUUCAAGCUGAAACGGAUGACUGCAUUGUUCGGCUUCAACGGGCCCCCGAUACCCAUGGAGCGAGAUUUACGUAGUUGUUCCAUUUUAUUCCUGCAUAAGGACAGAGUCUGAAAAAAGUUGCAGUGAAACUAGAAGGAACAGUUUUUGUUUAGAAUUUUAAAAAAUUGAUCGAGGUCAGACAUAGCCCAGUACUUUUUCGAGGUAUCAGGGGGUGAAUGGCUCGGGCAGAUCAGCCUGCAAAUGCCUUCCAUAUUUUAUAAUAGGUGGCACCUCAGUUUUGCGACCAGAAAGAACAAUUUUUUAAAUUUAGGAUCUGGUUCUACUCUGAUACUAUUAUGCAAUUCAUGUUGACCAAUCAGAAUGAGUCACGGGUACAUGUUCUUGCUCACUAACAUUUCUUAUUAUGUACGGGAAUGCCCGGGCGAUGAGACGUUGGUUCGACACUUGGUAUGACUAUUGAAAUGUGAGUUUUUCCUAUGGAAUUGUCGGGUAGGUACAGGUGCAUUCAGGGCAUCGUGGACAUGAUCGACGUCUUCCACUGGGUAGGAAAAGAUAUUAAUGUAUCUCCAUGCUACUCAUAACAUUCACUUCAAAAGAGUUAACACUAACACGGAAAACGAAAGGUAAAAACGCAUUUUUAUCUCAACAUGUUUCCGCUCAAUAAAAGUGGGUUCAUACAA